AUGGCAGAGAAGAUUACUGGCACCAAUGGCACCAAUGGCUUCCACAAUUCUAACGGUGUCAACGGGGUUAAUAAAUCUAACGGGAUAAACACUCCGAAUGGGCACAACUAUUCCAAUGGGAAUGGGGCUAAAAGUUCUAACGGAAUUGAUGUCCUAGAACCCAGCCAAGAAGAAGAUCCCAUAUGUAUUGUGGGGAUGGCUUGCCGUCUACCUGGAGGCAUUCGAUCUCCCUCCGACCUCUGGGAAUUUUUAUCUUGCAAUAAGUCUGCUCAAGGCAAGGUACCUAAGGAGCGCUUUAACAUCAAUGCAUUCUAUCAUCCAGAUGGUAGCCGAGCCGGAGUAAUGGAUGCAGAUGGCGGAUAUUUCUUGCAAGAGGAUGUUCGACAAUUUGAGAAUAGCUUUUUCGGUAUCAACAACUUAGAGGCUACUUACAUGGAUCCCCAGCAAAGGAAGCUCUUAGAAGUAGUCUUUGAGUGUUUUGAGAGUGCUGGAGUAUCGAUGGAUCAAAUCUCCGGAACUAACACAGGGGUUUAUGUCGGCAACUUUACCGUUGAUUAUCUGACUAUGCAGGCCCGUGAUCCUGAUUAUAUGCAUCGAUAUAAUGCUACGGGAUCGGGCACAGCUAUAAUGUCAAAUCGAGUUAGCCACGUAUUCAAUCUCCAUGGUCCAAGUUUCACGACCGAUACAGCUUGCUCCUCAUCAAUCUAUUGUCUUCAUAAUGCCGUGAAUGCAAUCAAGAAUGGAGAAUGUGAUGGGGCUAUUGUUGCAGCUGCAAACUUGAUCACUGCCCCCGAACAGCAUCUUGGGACCAUGAAAGGGGGUGUCCUCUCGCCGACUUCCACUUGUCACACAUUUGACGCUUCAGCUGAUGGCUACGGGAGAGCCGAAGCUGUAAACGCUAUAUAUCUCAAGCCUCUCUCUUCUGCUCUUAGAGACGGCAACAAAAUUUGGAGCGUUGUUCGUGGUACGGCUAUAAACUCAAAUGGAAGGACUUCUGGAAUCACAUUACCCAGUGCUAAACUACAGGAAGCUGUAAUACGCAAGGCUUAUUCCGGUGCUGAUCUGAGCUUCGAUGAUACAGAUUACAUUGAGUGCCACGGAACUGGCACCGCAGUUGGCGACCCUAUAGAAGUCGAUGGAUUACAGAGCUGUUUUGGUCCCAGAAAAUGGCCUUUGGUGAUUGGAUCGGUCAAAGCAAAUCUUGGUCAUAGUGAAGCAGCCAGUGGACUUACUUCGUUGAUCAAAGUAGCUUUAGCUCUAGACAAGGGGAAAAUUCCACCAACAUAUGGUGUCAAGAACCUGAAUCCCAAAAAUCCGGACCAACAGAGAAGGACUCCACUGAUUUCGGAAACUCCAGUUCACCUCGAGAAGGCAAAUAUGAGCAUUGCAAUGGAUCUAGGAGAAUGGCCUAGAGAUAUUCGCCGCGCCAGCAUCAAUUCGUUCGGAUACGGUGGUGCAAAUGCCCACGCCAUUGUCGAAUCUCUCGAAAGCUACCUUGAAGAAACCCACGAACUAGCUCCAAUUAAGUCCGCUUGUACAGCACAGGUACUUGUGCUACCUCUUUCAGCUGCAUCGAAACCGUCAUUGGAGACUCGCCUCAAACAGACCGAAGAGAUUGUCCAACGAGGGGAUGGAGACUUGGUCAAAAGUCUCGCUUUUACAUUAUCCCAGAAAUCCCCCGGCAUGUCCAACAAGAAAUUCGUCUUAGCAAAGGUACGGGCAGAUGGGCUUUCCGAACUGGUACCACCCGAUUCGUCUGAAAUUGUCGACGUAAAAUCAGCGAGCCUUCCCUUCAGUUUUAUCUUUACAGGUCAAGGGGCGCAAUACCCGGAAAUGGGCAAACAAUUGCUUCAUAGCAGCGAAUCCUUUCUCCGUACCAUCCGGGAUCUCGACGGCAUCUUAAAGAGCUUACCUAAGGAGACAUCUCCAGAAUGGACACUAGAACAAACCCUCUUGGAUUCGCCGCUCACCAGCCAAAUAAAUCAUGUCACUCGCAGUCAACCAAUCUGCACGGCCAUUCAAAUCGGCAUAGUUAACCUAUUGCGUAGUUGGGGGGUCACUCCUGAGGCAGUAAUUGGACACUCGUCAGGGGAGAUUGCAGCAGCCUUUUCAGCGGGGUUGCUCAACGCAAAAGAGGCCAUUCUUGCAGCCUACUUUCGAGGCUAUGCUGUUGGGAAGCUAAAGUCAAGGGGAACUAUGGUCGCUGCUGGAAUGGGUCCCGAUCGGGCUGAGCAAUUUAUUGAAGAACAGGACCUGCGGGGGAAAGUAUGUGUGGCUUGUGUCAACUCUCCGGAGAGUGUCACGCUCAGUGGAUCUGAAGAAGGGAUAGAGAUUCUCCUAGCAGAGUUACAGAAGAACAAUCUGUUCGCUCGUAAGCUUCAGACCGGCGGAAAGGCUUACCAUUCGCAUCUGGUAAAGGAAAUUGGCACUCUCUAUGAGAGUCUUCUAGCUCCACACUUGGAUGGCAAUUCGACUCUCCGUGGGUCUGCCGUUACCAUGUUUUCAUCCGUUGGGUAUGAGAGCGGGAAAUACCUAUACCUUGCAAAGCAGGCACGAAAGGCGAAGUACUGGCGAGACAAUCUCGAAAACCCUGUGCAAUUCAGUUCCGCACUUCAAGAUCUUAUCGGCGAGGGAAAAACACAUCUCGUUGAGAUCGGGCCUCAUCCAGCUCUGAAAGGACCCGUCCAGCAUGUCCGAGCUUCAAUCAAAGUCGACAAAAAGGUCCUCCCAUAUAGUCCCACAUUGGUGAGGGAUCAAGAUGCCGACGUGUGUAUGAAGAAAUUAGCAGGGAGCCUUUAUCUUCAUGGCCAUACUUUACAGUGGCAGAAUAUCCAAGAAUUGCCCAGACAAAAUCAAGUCAUAUUACACAAUCUCCAACCAUAUCCAUGGGAUUACUCCGCUGGUGUCCUCUGGGCUGAGUCCCGACCUUCCGUCGAGCUUAGAAACCGACAACAUGUACGCCAUGAGCUUUUGGGAUCAGCCCAUGUUGCUGGUAGCGGAAUAGACUGGAGUUGGCGAAAUGUUUUGCGAGUCAAUGAAGCCCCUUGGUUAUUGGAUCACAAAGUCGAGUCUCAGAUCGUUUUUCCGGCUGUUGGCUAUCUCGCAAUGGCUAUGGAAGCCAUCGCUCAAAUUAAGGGCCUCAAAAGCGCCGGGUCAGAAAAGUCUGCUAGGCCUAGCACUUCUUUUGAGUUCCGGAAUGUGAGCAUCAGCACUGCUCUUGUGAUUCAGGACGAACAAGACAUGGGGACGAAAGAGAUUGAGCUACACACGGCCAUCUCAUGGCGAAAAAUAUCUACCACAAGCAAAUCCACAGACUGGUGUGAUUUUUCGGUAUCGUCGUGGGGAUCAGGGCAAGGCACUCUUCACUGUUCAGGAAGUAUUCGUACUGGAGCUCCAUUACCCUUGAAAGGAACAAUCAAAGUCCAGAAUACAGACGGUUUCGAAAAGUGGCCGAUGGACCGCUGGUACAAGAAGCUUGCCGGUGAAGGACUUUGCUUUGGGCCACAAUUCCAGUCAUUGACAAGCUUGAGUACUGACGGGGGUCGCGUCAGAUCUGAUGCAUUAUCAACUACGAAUAUGAAGAGGAGGGUCGGAAAGGAGACCGAUACAGAGUACUUCGUACACCCAAUUGCUGUUGACGCUUGCCUGCAAGCUGGUAUUAUGGGUGGUACAGGUGGUAACCUAAGUACUCUCAAAGCUUUUCUCCCAGUCUUCAUUUCCGAGUGUCGAAUUCAAUCUCUAGGGGAAACCAACAACGAAGAAGCUACAAUCCACACAAAUAUGACCACAACAGGUUUUGCGACAAGGAGGAUUGACGCUACCCUUUUAGACCCUUCAGGUAAUGUGGUAGUCGACAUGAAAGAUGUUCGUCUAUCCCUCUACACCGGUAAGAUGGGAGAUGUGAAACCCAGCGACAGUAUACACUUGGAACGCCACCCAAUUCUCCGUGUAAAUUGGAAACCGGAUGUUCUGAGCCUCCACCCGGGCGCAGAACCUCAGCUGGAUCGAUAUAUCGAUACCUUCAUCUCACGACAACAGCCUGACUUGGUCGAUAACGAGACACAGGCUGCCAUUGGGGCACUUCUCGACCUCGCAGGACACAGCAAUCCGAGAAUGCGCGUCCUUGAACUUGGACCAGACUGCGAUUGCAAACCAACGAAUUGGCUAUCUUUGCUCCACAAAGACACAUCACUUCCACGAAUCCAAUCCUGGAAUACUGGCAGCCUGGCUGAUAAUGGUGAUCUGACUGUGAGAAAUGGAGCAUCGGGUCCUUUCGAUACAAUUCUGGUCAGCAAGCUUGCCGAAUCGGAGAAACUCUGGAAAUAUGCUCCUGAGAAGCUGAUAUCUCUUGUCGGUGAUGGUGGUGCUAUUGUCACUCGCAGAACCGACAGUGCGCUUCAUAGUCUGGCUGCUGCUGAAUUUGCAGUCGUAGAGGUUAGGAAGCAGAUCCUUCUAGCCGUACGACGGCCAAAUCACAAGUCGCUACUAGACAAGGACAUUUUGAUUAUCUCGGGUAAUAAGCCGUCAUCCGCAGUGGCCGAUUUCACAAAAUCUCUAUCAAGUUAUUUGAAGCAGACAGCCGGUGCAGCUCAAGUCAACAACGUUUCCAUUGCCGAUUUGGAUCAAGCCUCUGUCUCUUCAAAGAUGAUCUGCAUAUCUCUUCUCGAAAUAGAGCGCGAGUUUCUGGCUACCAUGAGCCCGGAAGACAUGAAUCGGCUCCGUACGUGUACGGAUAUAGCCACGAAUUUGUUGUGGUUCACUGGCGCCGGCAUGUUAACUACCCCGGAUCCUAAUUUGACGCUCUCGAAUGGUCUCUCUCGAGCUCUUAUGCUUGAGCAACCAUCGCUGCGCUUCACCAUAUACGAUGUUGGACCCGUGGGCGUCUUGGACAACACAUCGACUUUUGCGUACAUGGACAGAAUCCUGGCCGUAUAUGAGGAUGUUGAUGACAAGGAGUUCAUCCAAGUUGAUGGCCUUCUUUACACCAGCCGCUUUGGACCAGAUUUCGGAGUAAAUACCGAAUUCAGGAGACGAAUCGGAGAGCAAGAACCCAUCGAAAAGGAACCCCUUUCCACAGUUGGACCGGCAAAACUCAGUAUAGAUAAACCUGGGGUCACCGACUCAUUGCACUUUCAACAAAUCCGGGAAGUAGCCACGACACCUCCAACAGGAUUCAUCGAUGUCGCUAUCAAAGCUGUCAGUCUCAACGCCAAGGAUAUUUACACCAUGAGCGGGCACGUAGAGACAAAGACAGGAACUAGCUCUCUAGAAUUUUGUGGAGUUGUGACGGCAGUGGGACCAAAAGUUGAAAACGUUGGGCUCGGCGAUCGGGUUGUGGUUAUGGCGCCAAACUAUUUCGGAACGACAGAGAGAGUACCGGCCUGGGCUGCGCAUAAAAUGCUACCAGGAGAAGAGCAUAGUGUUCUUUGCACGAUACCCAUGGCUUACUCUACCGCCAUUUAUGCGAUGCUUGAUCGGGGUCAUUUGAGAGCUGGAGAAUCCGUUCUCAUCCAUGCAGGUGCUGGUGCAGUUGGUACUGCGGCCAUCAGUUUGGCCAUGCGAAUAGGUGCAACUGUCUAUACCACUACCAGUUCCAAAGUCAAACGAGACUACCUCAUCAAUGAGUUAGGUGUACCGGACGCAAACAUCUUCAACUCGCGUGAUGCCUCUUUUGUAGACGGCAUCAGGUCAGCUACAAACGGUCGAGGCGUAGAUUUAAUAGUCAACUCACUCAUUGGAGAUCUGAUGCAUGCAAGUUGGGACUGCCUGGCAAAUUUUGGCCGUUUUAUUGAGAUAGGAAAACGUGAACUUGUUGACGCUGGCAAACUCGAGAGUAAGCAUGAUCCAACCCAGCUUCGAUGA